AUGGUAAAAUAUAUAAUGCUGAUGCAAGCAACCGUAGCAGAUCCUCAGCCUCCUCCGAGGUCCGAAGCAUGUCAGAUAUUAGCUGCCUUCACUAACAAAGAACUGACAGCUUAUGCCAAAGCUGGGGCCGUGGCUGAAGAGGUCCUUACAGCUAUCAGAACGGUGAUAGCCUUCGGUGGGCAAAAGAAGGAAAUAGCAAGGUAUGAAAAGAACUUAGAAGAUGCCAAGAAUAUAGGUGUAAAGAAGGCAAUCACAUCAAAUGCUCCAAUAGGAGUUGCUUUCUUAAUAAUAUACUCUGCCUAUGCAUUAGCUUUCUGGUACGGUACACAUCUGGUUAUAUAUGAAAAUUACACCAUUGGCGCUGUACUUACUGUAUUUUUCUCAGUGACUGUGGCUGCUUUCAGUUUUGGCCAAGCUGCCCCCAAUAUUGAAGCCUUUGCCACGGCCCGGGGAGCAGCCUAUCCCGUAUUCACCAUUAUUGAUAAUGAACCCAAAAUUGACAGUUUUUCCACUGAUGGCUUUAAACCAGACAGCAUUAAAGGAGAUAUAGAAUUCAUUGAUGUAAAUUUUACAUACCCAUCCAGGGCUGAUUAUCAGGUUUUGAAAGGAAUAAACCUAAAGAUCACAAGUGGGGAAACUGUUGCUCUAGUCGGAAGCAGCGGCUGCGGGAAAAGUACCACCGUGCAGUUGCUACAGCGAUUUUAUGAUCCUGUGAAAGGCUCGAUAACCAUUGAUGGACAAGAUAUUCGUAACCUUAAUACGAAAUAUCUCAGAGAAAUUAUCGGCGUGGUGAGCCAGGAACCGAUUCUGUUUGAUACUACAAUUUCAGAAAACAUCCGUUAUGGACGAGAAGAUGUCACAAUGGAGGAAAUCGAAAAAGCAACAAAGGAUGCAAAUGCGUACAAUUUUAUUAUGCAAUUACCAGACAAAUUUGAAACCCUGGUGGGAGAGAGAGGAACACAGAUGAGUGGUGGACAGAAACAGAGGAUCGCUAUUGCAAGAGCACUUGUCCGCAAUCCCAAAAUACUCCUAGACGAGGCCACGUCCGCCCUGGACACUGAAAGUGAAGCUGUUGUCCAAACUGCUCUGGAUAAGGCUCGGGAGGGUCGUACGACCAUUGUAAUUGCUCACCGUUUGUCCACAAUUCGAAAUGCUGACACUAUUGCUGCUUUUGACAGCGGAGUCAUAAUCGAAAAAGGAAAUCACAAUGUAUUAAUGGAAAAACAAGGGGUAUAUUACAAGCUUGUUACUAUACAGACAGUGGAAGCACAUAAUGAUGAUGAUCUAGAAGAUGAGCCAUAUGAACGGACAUCAGCAGAGAUGGAUCUUACAGGCUCCCAACUAAUAAGGAGGAAAUCAAGUCGACAAAGUUCUAGGAAAAUGCCAGAGAAACAGGACAAGAAAAAAGAAGGCAAUAACAAAAAUGGGGUUGAAGAAAUUCCAUCAGUCUCAUUUUUUAAGGUUCUAAGCUUGAACAAACCAGAAUGGUUGUACUUUGUGGUUGGCGUUAUCUGCGCCAUCACUAACGGGGGCACUCGACCAGCAUUCUCUAUCAUAUUUUCGAAAAUCAUUGGGGUGUUUGCCGGAGACGCGGCUGAUAUAAAUUCAAAAAGCACCAUGUUCUCACUAUUUUUCCUAGCGUUGGGUGGAGUUUCAUUCGUUACAUAUUUCCUUCAGUUGUUUUCACAGGGAUUCACCUUUGGUAAAGCAGGAGAGAUUCUAACUAUGCGGCUCAGACUCAUGGCUUUCAAAGCAAUGCUGAGACAGGAAAUGAGCUGGUUUGACAACUCCAAGAACAGCACUGGGGCUUUAACAACAAGGCUGGCUACUGAUGCUUCGCAAGUGCAGGGGGCAACUGGAGCAAGACUUUCCAUACUGUGUCAGAACAUAGCAAAUAUGGGCACAGCCAUUAUUAUAUCACUUAUAUACGGAUGGCAACUAACUCUUCUUCUUUUGGGAAUUGUGCCAAUACUUGCCAUUUCUUCUCUGAUUUCAAUGAAAAUGCUUGCUGGCCACGCCAAGAAAGACAAAGCAGAAUUGGAAGUAGCUGGAAAAGUUGCCAAUGAUGCUAUAGAGAACAUCCGCACUGUUGUCUCAUUGACACGAGAAAGGAAAUUUGAGUCCAUGUAUGAGAAGAAUUUGGAAGGGCCCUACAGGAAUUCUGUUAAAAAAGCACAUAUAUAUGGCUUGUCAUUUGGCCUCUCUCAAGCCAUUAUGUAUUUUGCUUAUGCUGGCUGUUUCCGGUUUGGGGCGUACCUGGUGGCAAAAGGUCUAAUGAACUUUGAAGAUGUUUUUCUGGUUUUCUCAGCCAUUGUGUUUGGUGCAAUGGCUUUGGGCCAGACCAGUUCAUUUGCCCCAGACUACGCUAAGGCAAUGGUGUCCGCAUCCCAUAUAUUCAGUUUAUUGGAACGAGUUCCACUGAUUGACAGCUACAGCAAUGAAGGGGAAAAGCCACCACAUUGCGAUGGAAACGUGACAUUUAAAGGUGUGCAGUUUAAUUACCCGACAAGGCCUGAUGUCCAAGUUCUUCAGGGACUGGAUUUGACAGUGAAGAAAGGAGAAACGUUGGCACUGGUGGGCAGCAGUGGAUGUGGCAAAAGCACAACCGUCCAACUUCUGGAGAGGUUCUACGACCCAAAUGAUGGAGAUGUGUGCUUGGAUGGCAACGGUGUGAAAAGCCUGAACAUCCAGUGGCUCAGAGCACAGAUGGGGAUAGUUUCCCAGGAACCCAUGUUGUUUGACUGCAGCAUUGCCGACAAUAUUGCAUAUGGUGACAACAGCAGGAUGGUGACACAAGAGGAGAUUGAAACCGCAGCAAGAGAAGCCAAUAUCCAUAACUUUAUUGACUCACUGAGCGAUAAAUAUAACACACGUGUUGGGGAUAAAGGGACCCAGCUCUCAGGAGGACAGAAGCAGAGGAUAGCCAUAGCUCGAGCUCUUGUACGGAAACCCAAAAUACUUCUACUGGAUGAAGCUACAUCUGCCCUGGAUACAGAGAGUGAAAAGAUUGUACAAGAAGCCCUGGAUAAAGCAAGAGAAGGUCGCACUUGCAUUGUGAUUGCUCAUCGGUUGUCCACUGUCCAGAAUGCGGAUAAAAUUGCAGUGAUCCAGAAUGGACAGAUUGUAGAACAAGGGACACAUCAACAGCUCAUACAGCAGAAAGGAGUCUACCAUUCACUGGUCACUAUACAGCUUGGCCACACAUGAGUAUGCUACGAGAUUCC